AUUUCCCGUCCCUCCUCCGCGCUCCCGGGGCGGCGCGGCCGGGCCCGGCGGGGGGCGCGGGGGGCGGCUCUAGCCCCCUCUCCGCUGCCGCCGCCGCACGGCCAAGGCGGGGCGGGCAGCGGCGGAGAGGCACCGGCACGGCCGGCACCGCCGCCGGCGGCCCGGGGUCCUUCCGCCGGGGCCGGGGUCUGUCCAGGAUCCUUCUGGAGCCGUUGGGGUCUGUCCGGAGCCGCCGCUGCCGCCGCACCGCCCCCGGGGCUGCGGCUCUGUCCCCGCCGCCGCCACAUGAGCAGCCCGGGAGCCGGAGCUGAGCGCCCUCCCCAUGGCUGAAGGCAGCAGGAGCAGAGGCUGUUCUGAGGCUCCAGCCUGGAGAGAGUUGUUCUAUCUGGGAGCCCUCAGGAGCUGGCCAGGACUGCUGGGACCACGCCUGGCACCACAGUGCUGCUGCUGACCAGGCUCUUAGGUGCCUCCACGACCCAGGCGCACGGCAGCAUGGUAGUGAGCCCCUAGGACCAUGCCCUGCACCAUGAGAUGCUGGCUCCCGGUGCUGCUCCUCCAGCUGCUCCUCCCGCGCCCCCCGCGGGUGGCCUCCUGCCCCGCCCGCUGCGAGUGCGCCCCCCAGCUGCGGUCCGUGGUGUGCCACCGCAAGAGGCUGACCUCCAUCCCCGAGGGCAUCCCCAGCGAGACCAAGAUCCUGGAGCUCAGCAAGAACCGCAUCCGCUGCCUGAACCCGGGGGACCUGUCCCCCUACCCCCUGCUGGAGGAGCUGGACUUCAGCGAGAACAUCAUCUCCAACGUGGAGCCCGGCGCCUUCGGCAACCUCUUCCACCUGCAGACCCUGCGCCUGAGGGGCAACCAGCUCAAGCUGAUCCCCCCGGGGGUCUUCACCAAGCUGAGCAACCUGACCCUGCUGGACCUGAGCGAGAACAAGUUGGUCAUCCUGCUGGACUACAUGUUCCAGGACCUGAGGAACCUGAAGAGCCUGGAGGUGGGUGACAACGACCUGGUGUACAUCUCCCAGAGGGCCUUCUCGGGGCUGCUGGGGCUGGAGCAGCUGACCAUCGAGAGGUGCAACCUGACCUCGCUCUCGGCCGAGUCCCUCUCCCACCUGCAGAACCUGGAGGUGCUGCGGCUGCGGCACCUCAGCAUCGCGGCGCUGGAGGAGCAGAACUUCCGGCGCCUGCCCAACCUCCUGCAGCUGGAGAUCGACAACUGGCCCCUGCUGGAGGACGUCUCCCCCACCAGCUUCCAGGGGCUCAACCUCACCUGGCUCUCCAUCACCUACACCAACCUGACGGCCGUGCCCGCCGCCGCGCUGCGCAACCUGCCCUACCUGCGCUACCUGAACCUCUCCUUCAACCCCAUCAGCGCCCUGCCCCGCGGCUCCUUCAGGGACCUGGUGCGGCUGCAGGAGCUGCACAUCGCCGGCGCCCUGCUGGCCUCCGUGGAGCCCCAAGCCUUCUGGGGCCUGCGGCAGAUCCGGCUGCUCAACCUCUCGGGCAACCUGCUGUCCACGCUGGAGGAGAGCACCUUCCACUCGGUCAACACCCUGGAGACGCUGCGGGUGGACAGGAACCCCCUGGCCUGCGACUGCCGCCUGCUGUGGGUCCUGCAGCGCCGCAAGACCCUCAACUUCGACGGGCAGCAGCCGGUCUGCUCCUCCCCGCCGCAGCUGCGCGGCGGCGCCCUGCGGGACCUGCCGGACUCGGUGCUCUUCGAGUUCUUCACCUGCCGGCGGCCGCGGAUCCGGGACCGGCGGCUGCAGCACGUCACGGCGCGGGAGGGCCAGGCCGUCAGCUUCCUGUGCCGCGCCGAGGGCGAGCCCGACCCCUCCAUCUCCUGGGUGUCCCCCCAGCACCGCCUGAUCACCGCCCGCAGCACCGGCAGGGCCACCGUGCUGCCCGGGGGCACGCUGGAGAUCCGCUUCGCCCAGGUGCAGGACAGCGGCACCUACGUCUGCGUGGCCAGCAACGCGGGGGGCAACGACACCUACUUCGCCACCCUGACCGUGCAGGGGCGCCCGGCCGGCGGCCCCCGGGCUGCCAACCGCAGCCUGGACCCCGCCGACUUCAACGACACCGCCCACAACGACACCCAGGUGCUGCUCAAGUUCACCCUGGACCUCAAGACCAUCCUGGUGUCCACCGCCAUGGGCUGCAUCACCUUCCUGGGGGUGGUGCUCUUCUGCUUCCUCCUCCUCUUCGUCUGGAGCCGGGGCCGGGGGCAGCACAAGAACAACUUCUCGGUGGAGUACUCCUUCCGCAAGGUGGAUGGACCCGCGGCCACCGCCGGCCAGGGGGGGGCCAGGAAGUUCAACAUGAAGAUGAUCUGAGCCUCCCUCCGCGGAGGGGAAGCUGCUGCCUGCCGCCUGCCUGCUGCCCGG